ACCUAACUCGAUUGCAGUUUCCGACUUAAUUCAGUCGUCUCUUCCGCCCCCUCCCUCCCCCUCCCUCCCUUCUUCUACCCGCCCCCAGACGCCCACUCAGGGAGGAGUAGCGCAGACAAGAUGACAACAACCAGAGAUGCCUCAGUUAUGGUUGGCCGCGAGUAUCUCGAGACUAUUUUGCAACGAGCAAACAUUGUUCAUGAUAGCCGAUGCCGGAACGACCUGCACUCGAGCCAAGCAGACUCGGUCGUGUGCCUCCCCAGGGACGAGUACGAGGAGCUUCUUCUUGCCAAGGCCCAAUACGAAAAUAUCACACGCAAUCUCUUGGGUGCAGGCGUAACUGCGGAUUCCAUCGAGGCUCUAAGCCAAGGUGGUCCUCUUCCCCUGCAAACUAGCAACGCCCCAAAGCCUCCCUCUUGUAAUAAGGAGGAGCCCAACAAGGGAAGCGCAGGGCCGAGGCCAGUCCCACGUGCGCCCGUGAAAAGCCACGAGAGUCUCGAAGAACCCCCCGACGCCGAUGUUAGGAAGCGCUUCGCCCAGCCGGAUAAGCGCCCGGACUGGGUCGACCCGGAUCCGGAUGGCCCAGACAACUCGCCCUCUUAUUCGGCGGAUACCACUCUAGUGCCCGAGCCGAAUAUCGACGGCGAGAAACGACCGCCUUAUGUUCGUGUAUGCCAAAGAACGAUUCUGCUGUGGGGCUUGCCUGAGAAAACCACUUACUGGGAUGUGACGACUAUCAUCUCUGGUGGCGUGCUGGUGGAUAUAUUUCUACGGGCCACCGAACGGUUGGCUUAUGUAUCCUUCCUUCACGAGGAAGAUGCUGUCCGAUUCUACGAGCACACGUUGGUGCAUAACAUCUAUAUCAAGGGCAAGAGAGUUUUGACUCGAUGGGCAGAUCGCCAGUUUCAGCUCAACACACACGUAGUCGGCAAGGUUCGGAUCGGCGCAACCCGCAACCUGGUAAUCCAUAAUUGCAAUGCCGGUAUCACCGAGAAUACUAUCCGGGACGACCUGGAGCACAUCCACAACUUGGCUGUUAUCAGGGUUGACUUCAUGGGCCGCAGAUGCCACAUCAAGACCAACUCGGUAUACAACGCCUCGUUUGCCAAGAUGUGUAUGAUCAGUCGAGCGAAAUACAAAGGCUCCAAGGUCGAAUGGGACGUAGACGAAUGCGAGCGCCCCAUCGACGUCGUCCCGCAGGCGCAGCCCAAGCAGCCCAAGCAGCCGAAAGCCAAGCCAGCCCCGAAGGCAGCAGUUGCCAUGCCUAACCGUUUUGCGACUCUCCGCCUUGACGAUGAUGACAACAUCGACAGCGCCGAGGAAGCCGACGAUGAGCCCGGUACCCCUUCAGGGUCUCUAGGCGUAGUUAGCGUCAGUUCGUAAUCCUCUACGCGUGGGUUGACGCCAGUCUCGGUCUCGUUUCGUCGGUAACGCUUCCACCCGUGCGUCUACCCUGGGCGAAGUUGCGGGUUCGUAAUCCAAUGAUUCAUCGAGACUGGUAUGCCGGUGUGAUCGAUACCUCGACGGGAAUGGGAAAGCCGAUCCCCCAUCAAGAGAAUGAGAAUCUGGAGAAGGGAG